GCAGCCAAUAAACUGAGGCCUCUGAAGCAGAUCACUCAGCCUAUUUCCUGUUUUCAAACAGAGAACUCAGCAGAGCAGCCGACGGCGCUCACCCGUCUUGUUGGACCUUACAACAGAGAUCGGAGCGGGACAUGUGACUCUCCUGGACCCCUGGACCCACAAAGCCUGAAGAUCCCAGCUAUCUGUAAAAGCGUACACUGGAGCUGUUUCCUUAUUGUUUCUCAAACGCCUAAUGCACGUCAGAUCCUAGGAGCAGAAAGGACUCUGCAGCCCCUGGUGUGUGAAGGGCCCUGAAUCCAAGCUUGAGGGCAUCCUUGGAGCAUGGCAAGUUCGGAGCAUCCUGGGAGCCCUGGCUGGACAGGACUCAUACACCAACGCACACCAAGGACCAGGCAAGAAAUAUUGCCCUCCAGACCAGACCUCCCAUGUCCCGGACCAGAAGAACACUUAGAAACCCAAGACAGCCCCGCCUCCAACUCCAGCAUGACCACGAAGGAGCUACAGGAACACUGGCAGAAGGAGAAGAGCCGCUGGCGUCAUGUCAAGCUGCUCUUUGAGAUCGCCUCAGCCCGAAUUGAGGAGAGGAGAGUCUCCAAGUUUGUGAUGUAUCAGGUCGUGAUCGUCCAGACCGGGAGCUUCGACAGCGACAAGGCGGUGGUGGAACGACGCUACUCGGACUUCGAGAGGCUGCAGAAGGCCCUCCUGAAGCGCUUCGGGCCGGAGCUGGAGGACGUGGCCUUCCCGCGCAAGCGCCUGACCGGGAACCUGUCUGCCGAGACCAUCUGCGAGCGCCGCCUGGAGCUCCGCGACUACCUGCGCCUGCUCUACGCCGUGCGAGCCGUGCGCCGCUCCCGCGAGUUCGCCGACUUCCUCACCCGGCCCGAGCUGCGCGAGGCCUUCGGCUGCCUGCGCGCCGGCCAGUACGCGCGCGCGCUCGACCUGCUGGGCCGCGUGGUGCCGCUGCAGGAGAAGCUGACGGCGCACUGCCCGACCGCCGCCGUGCCCGCGCUCUGCGCCACGCUCGUGUGCCUGCGCGACCUGGAGCGGCCGGCCGAGGCCUUCGCGGUGGGCGAGCGCGCGCUGCAACGCCUGUGGGCCCGCGAGAGCCACCGCUACUACGCGCCGCUGCUGGACGCCAUGGUGCGCCUGGCCUACGCGCUGGGCAAGGACUUCGCGUCGCUGCAGGGCAGGCUGGAUGACAGCCAGCUCCGGAGGCCCACGCACAGGGGCUUCACCCUGAAGGAGCUCACGGUGCGCGAGUAUCUGUCCUGAGCCGGCCUGGCAGGUGCCCUGGCAUCCAGGCUGCGGACGGAGACCUGGAUCACCAUCGCUGGCAGGCUGCUUGGUGCCAUCGCGAGUGGGUGUUGCUGGGCAGCUUUGAACAAGCCCCUCUUUGCUGUGUCUGCUAAGCUGAGGGACUCCUGCGACCCCUGGAAGAGCCGUCUUGUGCCCCUUGGGUACAAGCUUAGCUUCAAACCUUUGCAAGUACUAUGGACCUUGCCAUCUGGGAAUGGGAAGGACUUGCCUACCACACAGAAUGAGUUCAAGGCCAGCCUAGGCAAUUUGGUGAGACUGUCUCGAAAUAAAGAGGUCUGAGGAUGUAGUUCAAUGGAAGAAUGCUUGGCGAGCAUGUGAGACGCCUUUGGUUCGAUCCCUAAUACUACAAUAAAAGAAAAAGAAGCGCCCGUUUUUGUAAGCAGCCAGGGGAGAAAUUUGCAGCCUCAUCAUGCACAACCGUGCAAUGCACUUCCUCAAAGCUGCUUCCUCCUGCUGCCCAGAUCUUCCCUUUCUCCCAUCACCCCAGCAUCAGUUGCAAGAGUUUCCUCCCUAAUUAGUCCAGAGUCCUAGCUCCUCCCAUUAGUAUCACCCGCUCAGUGAAACCAGAAGCCUGAUGAUUCUUUGAAGGACAAAAGGAUGUUAGGGAGUCAGAUGUGGUAGUUCAAGUAGGGAGUCUGAGGCAGGAGAAUCACAAGUUUAAGACCAGCCUAGGCGGGAGUGGGGGCGGGGGGAGUCUUAAAAAGCAAAAGAAAGAGAAAGAAGAAGGAAGGAAGAGAGAGAAAAAAUCAUCCCAGAAAGCCGCAUUAGCCCAAGGCACUUUGGCACUGGUGGAAUUUGUAAAUGAAGUUGCCAGUAGGGAUGUCCAGCCACAUUGCCCAGGGGUGGAUUUUCUCCCAUAAGGCAGCUGUACCUUCAACAGCUUCCCUGGGGCUUAUACAUAGAGAGAAGGAAGUGGCAUGAGAUAAGGGGUGGGCUUUGGGGAAGUAGAGGAAUCCUUAACAGCUCCCCUUUGGAGAGUCAGUGCCCACAGAACCUCUCUGAUAGACUGGGGUGCACCUGAUGAAAACUACUGUCAGGAGAAGACAGCCUUGGACCUCAUGGUGAAUGGGGGAUCUGGACUAAUGAUCUGAGCUGAUGGUACAGUCUGGCUUGGAGAUUUAACUACCUGCUGAAUUUGGAGUGAGUGAACCAGGAGACCAAGACACCACUUGGGCCUGUGCUGUUAUCAGGUGUAGGAAGAGUUAAGUCUUCCAAGGUAGGGAGUCACAAAACUGCACCAAACCUUGUUCAACAGCGACCUCUAGUGGCAACUACCAUAAUGGUCCCAUGAAGGUCUUUAGAGGCAAGAAGGAAGCCGACAGGAAGCCUUCCCUCAAGCAGUUUUUCCACGAAGACACUGCAUGUGGGAAAUAGUGGACUUUUCUUGAAAAGCUGGUCUUAAGGGAAAUUAAAGAAUUCAUUGGCAAAAUAAAA